CUACCUUCGCGCACACCUAUUCUCCGCGCCCCGGGAUUAGACUCCAUGUCAUCCUUUCUAGCUCCGCAAUUAUCCUCGCUAGUGCCGCGACUCUGCCGCACGUUCGUGAGCAAGGCAGCUCUUCAGCCAGUUCCCCCAAUGCGAGGCACAAUAUCCUCUCCUGAGACAUUUUUGAAGGCUAUUGGAAGAUCCGCAGAGACGAAAGUCACAGCUGAAAAGUGGGAAGAUCUAUGGAAGGUUGACGGCCAUCAAAUGAAGAAGGCAGGAAUUGCCGUGCGAGAUCGUAGGUAUAUCCUAUGGUGUAUGGAAAAGUUCCGCCAAGGACAAGAGCCAGGAGAAUUUGCACAUCCUCCAAAGGCAAAGAAGAAGAUCCGAGGCCAUGGUCCUGCUGUGCAAAACGGCAAACGCAUACGAUCCCGUAGGCAUAAGUAGCUGUCGGCUUGGCAAGGUUUGCUGUAAUCGCAGGGUAUUCGAUGGGGAAUAGUCUUGAUGUAGAUGGGUGGACUACGAUUGACCUAGUUUUCUGUAUGCCGCUGUUACAGGUACUGGUAGUGUAUGUAGCUCCGCAAGUCUGCAUGAAGCAAAAAUAUUCCUCCGAUACGGGGAAUCGAACCCCGAGCUACCGCGUGAAAGGCGGUAAUGUUAGCCG